AUGUUUCAAGUACCAAAUUUUGUGGAUGCAUCUGUAGCUGAGGCAGCCGCACCACUUAAAUGGGACUACGUCUUGGCUACAGCAACUCACACUCGGUCCGCACUGGUUUCUUCAGACAAACCAACGUUGGAUUCUGAACCUUUUGUUCAAGAAGAGCCAGUUGACUUGCCGCGUUUCUCUGCACGGGCAGUCAUUUGCCGUAAGAUCCGUGAUAUGCAACUCAGGAUGGACCGAGAAACCAGACGCGUAUAUCCUACUUUCCGCACAUUGUUCCUUCAGGAUCCUUCGUCCUACGAUACAACGGAUACUUGUACAACGCACGAUACAUGUAAACAAGAAAUCCGACAGCUUGCUCUUGCUGCAAUGAAGUCCGGCAUGAUUGGAACCUUGACGGCCACGAAACUUGUCGAGCAGUACAUCGCUGAAAACAAUCAGCUCGCCGAUGUACGGGUGUCGACGUUGUUUGCCAUCCAUACCUUGCUAAUGAGUCAUCCGGUGCAAUUCCUUGCCGAUGCCAUAUCACAUCGUCGCAGUCAACACUUUACGUACAGACCGGCGCAAGAUCAGAAGAUCAUAGAGCGCGUAUCUGGUUGGGUACGCGCAUUGACAUCUGAACGACCAAAUGAGCUCGCUGAUGAGGCUGAGCAAGUGCUGAAUGGCUUUUGCUCUAGAGCUCGCCACGUAAUGGCUUGGCACGAUGAACGCCCUCUUAAAGCCGAUGCGCUACCUGAACCAGAUGAACGUGUGCCUGGCUUAGAUGGUGCUAGUGAAUUUAUUUGGUCCGAUACUGACAAAGAGAUCUUGGAGUUUUUCAAAAUUAGUCUUGGAAACCGUCGGGAACUUCAAGAAAAUGUUACAGGCAGCAUUGCCAUGGAUAUAAUUAAGCGGCUGGGUGUGAAUGUCAGACUGCACCCAAUUGUAGUGUCAGCUGAUUCCAAGCAGAAUGAAGGAAUAAUGGCUCCCGAUCAACGUGCUAAAAACAUAUCCACAUUGCACACUGAUGUAACACAGGCAGGAUUCGAUUUGCAGCAUUCCCAGAUGUUUAAUUUUCUAAUUCGAGUUGGAGCCCUGACGCCCUGGGAAAAUCCGAACGCUCUCGACACCCAACUCAAGAAUUUACGGGCAUUGCCUAGCUGUGAAACCGAGGGCGUGGAUUUGCACGACGAACAUGAGCCUCGUUUUUGUUUUGACAAUUUACCUGUUUAUGUGAUUGAUUCUGCGUCUUCUUUCGAACUGGACGAUGGUAUCUCUGUCGAAGCAACUGAAGACCCGGCAAUGUAUUGGAUUCAUGUACACAUAGCUGAUCCAACUGCUUGGUUGAGGCCUGAACACGCAUUAUCUCAAACGGCUAGACAUAAGUAUUCUAGCGUCUAUUUUCCAGAAAUCAUGUUGCCGAUGCUUCCCACGGACGUGACAAACCAUAAAAUGAGUCUUUCAAGCAAAAACACUCCCUUAAACGUUCUGACAUUUAGUGCUUUGGUGGACUCUAGUUCUGGUAAAGUGUCAUCAUAUGAUGUUAGGCGUGGCAAAGUCGGCAACAUCAGAAUUUUGAACUAUAACCAAGUCAACGAGAUGUUUUUGGAUCGUGAAGAUAUUGGACGUCACAAAGUUUCAGACGCUACUGCUCAAGACGAUUUGCACCUACUUGCUUCUUUGGCAUCUGUCAUUAACAGACGUCGUGUCCAUAUUGGGCGGGCAUUAAAUGCAGUUGAUGCACACAGUGACUUGAGCAUUUACCCCCUACCCCUCCCAAUCCUUGCCGACAAGACGCUAGAUCGUCCGCAGUUUUAUACAGGCUUUCCCGAAAUUCGUUUGCGUUUCGCAGACCACACAAAUACGGAAAGACUGGGCACAUUCGAUCAAAUUCCAGGCGGAAUUACCUCAGAGACUAUGGUUAGUGAGAUGAUGAUUUUGGCGGGGCGAGUUGCUGGAUCUUUCGGUCUGGAUCACAAUAUACCAUUACCAUAUCGCGUUCAGCCUGAACCCAGUGAUACAGAGCUUGCUAUUAUCGAUGAACUUAAGAACCCUGAAACUGGCGCUAUGGCAAUGAGCAAAUUAAUAUCUAAAGAUGUAUUUUUGCCCACAGGAAAUUCAUCCAUCAAACCGGGCAUUCACUACGCGCUUGGAGUACGUCCUAUGCCGCAAAACGAUAUAAACUCGGAUGCAUUUUACCGAGGUGGGUAUGUACGAGUGACAAGCCCUUUGAGAAGAUUCGCAGAUUUAGCUUGCCAUUGGCAAUUGAAAGCUGAAUUGAGUGGUGAAAAUCACCCAUUCAAUUUCGAGACCAUGAGUCAGCUCUUGGUACAAUUUGACCAAAUGGACAAUUGGGUCAAGCAAAUUGAACGUGCUUCUUCACGCUACUGGUUGUGGGUAUACAUCAACAGGACUUUGAGCAAGAAACAAAAGUAUGACUUCGAAGGAAGGUCGGACUACACUACAUUCUUCACACCGGAAGAACAAGCUCUUCUCGAACCAAUUCCAGCAACCCAAAAUAUCAUGGACGUCCGUUUCAACAGUGAAACACUCCAAUCAACUGUGAGAAUAUCACUGCCUCAAUUAGGGGGACUCCCAGUCGAUUGUGAAUGGCCGAAUGGGAAAAACCCGCCAAGAAAAGAUGAAAUUAAAAAAGUGAAAAUAAAUCGAGCAGAAAGCGCUGGAUUAAAAAGAACUAUAGUAUGUAGACAAGUUGUAUAA